CCUCUCUUCUAAACCCUACCUCUGCUGUGUUCAGGAGCUUUGGAGCUCAAACGACGGGAUUAAAAAAAAUCAAAUUCCUCCUUCUACGUCCGUACGUCUAUGAAUCUCAAAAACUCACUUUUUGAUUGAUUGAAUCUCUUCUCGAUCUUGAUAAAGGUUUGUGUGUAACAUUUAUGUUCAUCUCCAAACUUUCACAAGUUGGGCUUUGGAUGGUCAAGGAGUUAAAAAUAGGUCGAGUCAUUUCCAUCUCUAGAACGGGAUACGUGCAAAGACCUUCCAGUCAUUAUCUCCAGUCUCCGUUUCAGAAGUAUUCUUUUUCUACCACAGCUGCUGAUAAGGCUCGUGAGGCAGAGAAUGAGAAGAAAGAAAAAAUAUCUGUGACGUUUGUUGACAAGGAUGGAGAGGAGAAGCAUAUCAAGGUCCCUGUUGGAAUGUCAAUGUUAGAAGCAGCACAUGAAAAUGAUAUAGAACUCGAAGGAGCUUGUGAAGGCUCACUUGCAUGUUCGACAUGUCACGUGAUUGUGAUGGAUGUGGCUUUCUACAACAAGCUAGAAGAUCCUACUGAUGAGGAAAAUGACAUGUUGGACCUUGCUUUUGGGCUUACGGAAACGUCUCGUCUGGGCUGCCAAGUGAUUGCGAAGCCUGAGCUCGAUGGGAUUCGAUUGGCGCUGCCAGCUGCUACGAGGAACUUUGCAGUGGAUGGUUAUGUGCCCAAACCGCACUGAAUAUUUUGCAUCUUGGAAGCCUUCGGUGAUACCCAGCUUCUUUUCAGUGUGAAGCAUGCAACCAUUUCAGUUUUGUGGUCUCUCCUCUCUCUAGAAUAUUUGGUUACCAAUGCAUCCCCAUGCAACGGAAAUUUAGAAUGGUUGUCCAUUGUUGUUACAUUAGUGACUUCUUGAGCUUUUCUGAGCUCCAUCUCACAUAA